AUGUCGCACCUGACAAACAUUGACUCUCUCUCACUGGUCGCCGCCGACAACUAUUUCAAAGCAAUUCCCGUAGUAGACCGGUGGCUUGUUCAGUACCUACAGAAUAACAAUGCCAGGCUGAAGCGACUAGAGAUUGCCCAUAAGAUGUCAGUGGAGUUGCAAACAGCAAUCAGUAAGCUAGUCAAUCUGGAGCAUCUGUCUUUGCCUCUGGUUGAUAAAGCGUGGGCAUCGGGGCAUGCUCUCCCAACAUCGCUCAACUCUCUCACACUCCAAUGCAUGUAUGGACCAAGAGAUUAUCAAGACAUUCAACUUCCAGAUUUGAUCGACCAUGUGCUCGAUUGUUGCGUCAACAGUCCAAUCACAACACUCGAGUUCCGAUUUCCUCACUCUAGAGCUAGUCACUACGCCCCCUACACUCUUUCGUGGAGUCGUUGCUUUGGCAAGUGGACAUCACUGACCAAGGUGUCGCUCAACUAUCACCCCUUUGAGGCGUAUGGUACUGAAUACGACUUGGGUUGUGCAUUCCUCACAAAAAUACUCGAGUCAAAGAGUCUGAGAGAUCUCGAGUUGUUGCAUCCAUUCUAUGGCAUUGGCGAGAACCUUCGAGAGGUGAUUCGCCAUCUGGAUAGCAACACAACACUGCGCACACUGACGUACUUUUCGAUGUGCAACACCGGCUGA